CUUGCGUCCCACCCUUUCCGCUGAACGUCCAAUCAGAAGCCUCAGAGCGGCAGCGAAGCGAAGUUUGAAAACUGCAGCGAGUGGCGGUGUGUAGGGUGAAGUGGCCGUUGUCUUCCCGGGUUAUCAGAGGGCGCUGGAGCGGUGAGGUUUAGGGGGGCUCGUUAUAAGGAAACAGCGACAUGUCACGUCACGCCAGGAAGAGUGAGGUCUUGGCUUCUUCUGUCAUCAGCAGUGCAAACCGUGCACUUGCAAGGCUUGUGGAUAUCUGGGAUGAGGUGGGUAUCCAAGAGGAAGAGCGACUGCGGAGAAUUGAGCAAGUGAGAGAAUACAUUGAGGAAUUGUUUGAUCGCAUGAUCACAGAAGAAAUGGCCAUGAAAGAUAGGCUUGAAAAAAGUAUUCCCCUGUACCAAAAGGAAUUAAAGACUCUGUGCUAUGAGUUAUCGCUAGAGGAGUACAAGGUGGAUGAAAAUAUGACUGUUCUUCAGAUUGAAAAAGAUCUAAGAGUGACAUUAGAGCUUUUUACGAAACACAAGAAUGAACGCCUUAAGGAACUGAUGCUUCUACAAAAAGAAGACCAGGAAUUAUGCUCUGAUCUUUGUGUUACUCCAUAUUAUAUACCAUCAGGGAGAAUACCAAGUAUUAAACAGCUAGAAGAGCUCAAAGAACACAUUAGGGUUCAGUCUGAAGAAAAGAAAAAACGCCUUGAGAUCUUUUCAUCACUUCGAACAGAAAUCCGACAAUGUUUCGACGAAAUAGGGCGACAGCCUGAAAAUACACUAGAGCGGGAUGCCAUCUGUGAGGAUGAUGAAGCAUUUUUUCUCACACCACAGAAUAUUGAAGCUCUUAAGGUUUUAAAAAAACAGCUAGAAAUCAAAAAGGAAGAACUUUUAUGUACUCUGAACACAGUUAAAGAAAAAGUAGGGAAUUUAUGGAAUCUGUUGCAAAUUAGUCAGGAAGAGCAAGAAGUAUGCCAGAAGUUUUCUGGAAACCCUAUUUAUGACGACAUUAAAAUGUGGGAAAAUGAGCUUGGACGGCUAGAUGAGAUAAAAAUGGUAAAGCUGAAGCAAGUAAUCUUAAAUAUAAGACAUGAACUAAAGAUAUACUGGGAUAAAUGUUUUUAUACCGAAGAGCAAAGAAAGGCAUUUGAACCAUACUACAGUGAUCACUUCACAGAAGAUCUUUUAUCCCAGCAUGAUAACGAAAUUGUGAAACUGAAAUUGCAAUAUGAAAAAUGCAAGCCAAUUCUUGAUUCCAUUGCCAAGUGGGAAACCAACUGGUCUCAGUUUUCAGCUCUGGAGAAAAAGGCAAACGAUCCCAACAGAUUUUCAAACCGAGGAGGAAGUUUACUUAAAGAGGAAAAGGAACGUGUAAAAUUUCAGAAAUUACUGUCUAAGCUAGAGGAAGAUCUUAAGGCUAGGAUAGAAUCAUGGGAGGCAGAACAAGAAUGUCCAUUUUUGUUUAAUGGAAGCAAGUUUAUGGAUUAUGUCGCAAGUCAGUGGGAAACCCUCAAACAGCAGAAGGAACGGGAGAAACAAGUUCGGAAAAAAGAAGACCCUCAACCAUUUAAGACUCCAGUUAAAAGACCGGCAGGAUCAUGUACACAGGGUACGCCAAGUAGCAAGACCCGGAAGGUUAAUGGAACACAUGCAACCAUAUCGCGCACAAUUGUAACUAGUGCCUUUGGAAACCAAACAUCAACAGGAAAACCACAGCUUUCCACAAUAAAAACACCGGUGAAAGCUAAAGACACACCUGUAAGAACUCCUUUGCAUGACAGUAACAAGCAAACAAAUCUGCUAUCCAGCCAGCCUGGCACCUAUUCAGACUUUAAGGAAGAAAUCUCCAAGAAGUCUUUCAGUAAGGAUGCCAUCUUUAAUUCCACAGUAAUUGAGAACUUGCACCCAUGCACUCAAUAAAUUAUAGCCUGUAAUGUAGGCAUUAUUUUGUUGGACUUGCCAGUUUACACAACCAUUUUGUGAAUUUGCCAAACAUGUAACAUGGAGGUGCAAGCCCAGGUUUUGCUAAUUGUCUGCCAUAAAAUGGUGGUUUUUUUUUUUUUUAUUUUUUUUUCUUAAGACAUCUGAACUUUCAUCGGGGAACAUUUUUGUACAUAGGGUCAACAUUUUGUAGCCAGUCAAUAUUGUAUAUAUGAUCUAUUUUAACUUGCUUUUUUUUAUGGCCUUGCCGAACUGACUUUUUUACAUGUGUGUACAUACAAGCUGUGUUUAUGCAAAGAUGCAACUUCUGUUAAUACUGUAGUUGUAUGAAAUAGGCAGUGUUUAGUGUAUAUGAAAUAAAGAGAAAACUAAUGUAUUA